CCCAUAGAUAAUGCAGCCCUUGAGUCUCUGCAUUCUGAGGCCGAAACCCGAGCCUUCGGAAACACAGUCGCCUACAGCUUCUUCAAACGGAAAAGAAUUUAUUGCAUCUUUGAAUCCUCCUAAGGAAGACCCUCUGACUUCUGAGGUGUUGCAAACUUUUAAGCAAUCGUUGAAGGCUGAACAUCUCGUCUCUUUGGAUUCAUUGAUGGGAUCUUGCAGCUCUUCGACUAAGGAGCUGUUGGUACCUGUUGUCAUAAAGAAAGAACAGCGAGAUAACAUGUGCGAAUACUGUGGAAAAUCGUAUUCCGCAAAGCGCAACCUUCGGACACACAUAGAAGCUGUUCACUCGAUGCAGCGAGAUCACAAAUGUGAAUGCUGUGGAAAGUCGUUUUCCCUAAAGUGCCGCCUUCGGUCACACAUAGAAGCUGUUCACUUGAAAAAACACUCCCACAGAUGCGAGCAUUGUGACAAAACCUUCUAUCAGAAGAGUGUCCUGAGAAGGCACAUCGACGCAGUGCAUUCGAAAGAACGCCCCCAUCCAUGUGACCGCUGUGGUAAAUCAUUUCCCACCAAAGACCUUUUGCAAAGACACUCUAGUUCUGUUCAUUUGGUGCAGCGAGAUCACAAAUGCGAAUCCUGUGGAAAAUCCUUUUCCCUAAAAGGUCGCCUUCGAGCCCACAUAGAAGCCGUUCACUUGAAGAAGAAGCCCCACAGAUGCGAGUAUUGUGACAGAUGCUUCUAUUUGAAGAGUGUGCUGAGAAGCCACCUUAUCGCAGUGCACUCGAAAGAACGCCCAUAUACGUGUGACCGCUGUGGUAAAUCGUUUCCUGCAAACGGCACUUUGCAGAGGCACAUCAGUUUUGUUCAUUCGCAAGAACACCCCAAUACGUGUGACCUCUGUGGUAAACCGUUUCUCAACAAGUACAAUUUGCAAACGCAUAUCAAGACUGUUCAUUCGGACCAACGAGAUCACACGUGUGAAUACUGUGGAAAAUCGUUUUCCUUGAAGUUCCGCCUUCGGGUACACAUAGAAGCCGUUCACUUGAAAAAGAAGCCCUACAGAUGUGAGCAUUGUGGAGGAUGCUUCUUUCGAAAAAGUGUAUUGAUGAAUCACGUCGAAUCGGUGCACUCGAAACAAGGCCCCCGCACGUCUAACCGUGGCGGUAAAUGGUUUCCCAGACAGGUCAAUUUACAAGCGCAUAUCAAUUCUGUACAUUUGGAAGAACUACCCCACAGGUGUGACCGCUGUGGCAAAUCGUUUCCCAAACAGGACCGUUUGCAAACGCAUAUCAAUUCUGCACAUUUGAGGCCACGCUCUCAUAUAUGUGACCUCUGCGGUAAAUCGUUUCUCACAAAGCGCUGUUUGCAAAGGCACACCAGUGCUCGUCAUUUAGGGGAACGUCCCCACACGUGUGACCGUUGUGGUAGAUCAUUCUUCCGAAAGGAACAUUUACGAUCGCAUAUCAAUUGUGUUCAUUUGGACCAACGAAAUCACGCAUGCGAAUACUGUGGAAGGUCGUUUGACCUAAUAUGCCGCCUUCGGAUGCACGUAGAAGCUGUUCACUUGAAUAAAAAGCCCUACAGAUGCGAGCAUUGUGGCAGAUGCUUCUCUCGGAGAAAUAGAUUGAAACUACACCUUAACGCAAUACAUCCGAUUGACCACACGGUUUCAAACGAUGACACAAUUGCACAAGUGUAAUUGAUCCAGGAUGUGUGGCUACAAAUCUCCUCAUAAAGUGGCGGUGGCCUGCGAUACAUGGGGGCGUGCUUGGAACGCUGGUCAUCACCCAAUGUGAAUGGACAGGCAGCAAUCCGAAGUUUACGCGUAAUUGCACAUGAAGAAUAAUCAACACCAUGAAUUUACCUGCAGUCUGGUGUGGCAAACGUCCUCUGUUUACAUUUGGCUGCCACCGCAACUUUUGUCAGUACUUUUGAUGCAUCUGUACUUUUGUACUUUAUUUCAUCUUGUAUGUAUCAUUAAACCUCUG